AUGGGAGCUAGCGUAUCUACACUUUUUGGUUGGAUUUACUGGUACAUAUCACCCGCUCCUCGCAAAAUCACACCUAUCGUUGACAAUACCCCUGAUAAUACACUCUUGCUUCUAUCUGCAGCUGCUCAAUUAGCGAGUUUAACGAGUAGAAUGGAUGAUGGCGCAGGAACUUCAGUUUCGACAUUUGAUGAGGAAACAGAAAACUUCAUGAAACUGUCAUCAUCAUCUUCUGAUGACGAAGAUGAGCUAUCUUGUGCUCUACAGGAGAGUUAUAGACAACACUUAUUUGAAAAAAACAGACGAUCAAUAGGACCUGCCCGCCUGCUGGUGGGGAAGAAAAAUUCCUAUGAUAAUCUAGUGACUCAAACAAGUGCUGCAUGCGGAACUAGAAGCUCUGCAUUCUCCGCGAAUUGUAGGAGAGAGCUCGGAUUGAAUCACACAUCAGUCGAUGCCUACAGUGAUGCAAAAAAAGUUUCUUUGAACAACAACUAUUUCCCUAAUCAGCGCAAAGUGCUUGAUAAUCUGAGAGCUAAGAUAUUUUGCGUGCAACACUUGGAAGAAACUGAUGAGUUAGCAAUCGCAUGUCAAGAAGAGCGUCUUUACUUCUACAAACCAGUUGGAAAGAACGAACGUUAUGUUAAGAGUAGAACUAUUGAGUUGACUUCAGUCGGAUGGUCUGUUCUAGAUGUGGCGUUCAAUCAACAAGGCUCAGGGUUCGCUUACUGUACUUGGAAAGAUUCCAUAAUGUAUUGCCGCUAUCUGGAUGAACACAAAAUUCAAUAUGAGUGCAUCAAUCUCAGCAUUCCUCUUGUUCACAGCUCGUCUCUUGCUGUCUUCUCUAUUCGUUUUUCAAAUCCUGGGCAUGAAAUUUUGGCCGGAACAUCUGACUAUUCAAUUUAUAUUUUUGAUAUUGAAACCCAGUCUAGGGUAGUAAGUGUGAACCAAGCUCACGACGACGAUGUUAAUGCUGUAUGUUAUGCUGAUGAAGCUGGAAACUUGAUUUUCAGCGGUGGAGAUGAUGGCAUAGUCAAGGCUUGGGAUCGUAGAUGUUUGAGAGAAGGAGAUAACACGCCUGUUGGAUAUUUUGCUGGUCAUAAAGACGGAAUCACCUAUAUAGAUAGUAGAGGAGACUCGAGAUAUUUACUCAGUAACUCCAAAGACCAAACUAUAAAAUUGUGGGAUGUUCGCCACUUCUCUUCAAAUGAGGCAGCUGAGGAAACAAAGAGAUCGGUUUCUAAGCAAAAUUGGGAUUAUAGAUGGCAAGCUGCACCUAAGAUGAUUGAGAAACCUCUGAAUGGUGACAGCUCUAUAGCAACUCUCCGUGGACAUAGAGUUCUUCACACUUUGAUUAGAGCGAAGUUCUCUCCAGCCUCAACUGGACAGCGUUACAUAUACACAGGUUGUGCUGGUGGCGAAGUAGUCGUCUAUGACAUAAUCUCCGGAAGCCUGAAAGCGCGGUUGAGUGGUCAUCAAGCUGUGGUUCGGGAUGUCUCAUGGAGUGCCAAUAGGAAUGAGAUCGUCUCGUCUUCGUGGGAUGGACAAGCCACGUGCUGGCGUUAUGGAGAAUCUAAUAAGACUACAACUGCUGAAAGCACGAAGCGAGUAAAUCCUCCUCAAUUGAGCGGUCGAGUGAAGAAGUGUACACGACAGGGUACAUCUUCAACAAGGAAUCGACGUUGCUAA